CUGUGUCAGAGCCAUUCCAUGCACUUUAACAUUCUACCCUUUUCAAUGUCUCAGAUCUAAGCACCACCAUAUAAAAACCAUUUGUGUUUUCUCCCUUUGAAUCACUACUCCAGUAUUUAUAUUCAGCCCCUCUCCUCGUCGAUUCACAGAUCGACAAUUAUCCUGCUUUUAUAUAUGUAUAUGUUUCUCGCUUCCUAGUUCUUCUGUUCUGCAUUACAUACGGCGUAAAGCAUUGGACCAAAGUACAAACCAAGGUUCUGUCACCGUUAUGAGCUUUUCGGACCGCAACGACUCCCCCGAAACACCCGAAUCCUCCGGCACCGGUACGCCUGUUAACUCAAAUCGCGCUUCUGCGUCGUACAUUACCAAUAUGUGGACUGGUCUUAUCCGCCGCUUUUCCAGUGAGGGCUCCUUCCCCAGCCAGGCCGACACCGCCUAUGACGACAACUUCAACUAUCACGACGGCAAUGGCCACAACACAAAGGACGGCAUAAACGGCGUCUUCUCUCCCGUGCGCCGAACGGCUAGUCCCAUGCGUCCUCCACCACUGGACCCUCUUAUUCUUCACGGUUAUCGCCAGGGAACACCGUCCUCGGCCAAGUUGCUGAGUGCCGCGGUGGCGGAGGAAAUCCGUACCAUGGUCCCUGAGCGCUUGCGCAUCGUCGACGACUGGAAUCUCAUUUAUAGCCUCGAACAGGAUGGCGCGAGCUUAGCGACGCUGUACCAGCGGUGUCGGCAAUUCGAGGGCAAGCGAGCGGGUUUUGUCCUUGUUGUCAAGGAUCUCGAAGGAGGGGUCUUUGGCGCAUAUCUUUCCGAGUAUCCUCAUCCUGCGCAUACGUAUUUUGGCAACGGCGAGUGCUUUCUUUGGCGAGCUUCAAACAUUACACCUCUCCCACCGCCUCCAUCGGCCGACACGACAAAUCUUAACUCUCGAAACACAACGCUCGCUCCACCGCCACCAUCGUCAGAAGCCAACACGCCCACUCACUCCCGCCCAGCGUCCCCUACACCCAGCGAAGCGGUGCGGUUCAAAGCAUUCCCAUACAGCGGCCUGAAUGACUUUUGCAUUAAUUGCGAAACGGGCUUUCUGAGCGUCGGGUCAGGCGGUGGACACUAUGGACUCUGGCUAGACAACGGACUGGAAGUUGGACACAGCUCCAGGUGCGAGACGUACGGAAACGAACCGCUGAGCGACGAAGGAACUAAAUUUGGGGUCAUUGGCGUAGAGCUUUGGGUUAUGGGCGUAUAAUGAUGAUAUUUCGGUUUCAGCUGUUUGCUCGGCGCUCGGUGUUAUGAAAUGGAAUUGGCAUGGCGGUUUUUAAUCUUCCCUCAGUCUGGUGGUAUACGGCGAAGGGAAAGCAACGUAUGUAUCGACAAAAGGCAGCGCCAAUGCUGGCGGGACAAAGCCUCCUGGGUAUAAAAGAUAGAAGUGAGAGAAACAUAUCCAACGGUGGAUCUGCAGAAAUGAAUGAUAAAUGAAUGAUACCCGGAGCUGAUACUCCCGACUCUUUACAUCAACGCUGGCUUUUGCAACCUUAAUAUUAUACAUCCACUUAAUACAUGGCUCCGUUUUAUUAAGAUUGAAUUUCAACUCUGCCUCCUCUUGGACAUAAACUCCUGUAUACCGUCCAAUACGCCCCGUGGCGUGGGCGACUCGGCGCAUACGUCUGGCUCAAAGCCAAAUGACUGCAGAUGAUCUCUUGUGGUAGGUCCGAUGGUCGCAAUAAAAGUCUUACCGUCCCGCUUGUAUCCUUUGUAUACUUUGUUCGUCUCAGCAUCCAAAAUUCCCAUGACCCGGAGCAUGCUAUCGCAUCCCGUAGGAGAGAAUACCACGAUCCAGCGGACCGGAUCAUCGCGCGUCUCACCAAGGACCCGGCGCAGAUCAACGGGGAAGCUCUCCAUGACGCCCGUCCCGUAAACGACCGUCUCGUUAACACGGAUGCGCUCAGUAUCAGGCAGAGCACCAUCCUGUAGGGUCUUGGGGAUGAUGUCGCGGCGGGUCUCUCCAACUAAGAAAAGUAGUGGUGGGAGGGUAAGACGGGCUUGGUCACGGUACCAUUCAUAGUAGUGGGCGAGGAUAUAGGGAGCCAGGGCGGCACCGUUGCCCGUGUGGCUGCCGAAGACUUGGAGCGGAGGGUCCUGGGGGGCGGCAGCGAGGGCGCGCGUCGUGGCAGGACCGACGCUGUAGACAGGAACGUUUU